GUUUUAAAUUCACAUCGAGGCUUGUGUGGAUCAUUCUUUCAUUGUCUGUGUGGGAAGGAAGAUAAGAGUAUUCAGAAGCAAUAUGUCUAAAUUCCAGAAAACAGUUAUUCAAGAAGGAGAUGGCGCAACAUAUGCACAGAAGGGUCAAACAGUGAAAGUUCAUUAUACUGGUACCUUCCCUGAUGGCAAGAAAUUUGAUUCCUCCCGAGACCGUGGUAAACCUUUCACCUUCAAACUCGGAGAAGGUGAGGUCAUCAAGGGUUGGGAUGAAGGUGUAGCUAAGAUGACAGUAGGUGAAAGAGCCAAGUUCGUAUGUCCUCCAGAUUAUGCUUAUGGUAAAGCCGGAGCAGGCGGAGUUAUACCACCUAAUGCAACUCUACAUUUUGAUGUUGAAUUUCUGGGAAUAGCUUAAAUCAACAAUGUUUAUCUUGUCCUUGGCCAGUCACUGUGUUAAAUUUUUAUCAACUACUAAAUUCCAUUAUUACAAACAAACUAGAUGUGUUGAGGACAAAAAGUGUGAUCUGAAUAAGGAAAGUGACAAUCUAACCUGUAUUAUGUGACUGAUUUGUGCUGUUUGUGUUAAGCUUCAUUAAGAUCUUGCUCAUUAAUUUUCAUUCAAAGCCAGGCUUUGUAGCAUAAUAUUAGAGAAUCUAUUGACAAUUGGUUUUCUUUCUGUGAAAGAUACUUGUGGAAUGUCAACUUUAAAACAUCUACAUCGGUGCUUGUUAUACUUUUUUUUUAUCCUUUUUGGUGCAACAUUCAAUCAUGGCUAAGGAUUUGGAUUUAUUAAUAUUGUUUUAAAUGUUGUCAUCUGUUUACAUUCUACAUUGAAAUAAAUGAAAAUAUUUCUUGUAA